CCUAGGUGCUUUGUGAGAAUGAAAGGUGGGCCAUAUAUGAUAAAAGUAGUACUCUUUUAUAACUAACUAUCGUACAAUCUAGCUAUAAGGUGGGCUAUAAGCUUGCUUUAGCCAGCAGUUGGCUAUACUAUUAACCAUGCUCUCAGCUGGAAAUUCAGAGGACUGUUCUUGUCUUGCUAGCUUUGACCCGGCCUUAAUCUUGACCUUUCUUCUCUAUGUUUGACCAGUAUACUACUUCUGUUCUGUUGUCUUUUCUUGACUUUGUCAGCAUAUAUGUUUAACCUAUAAAACCCCUCACAACGUGCCUGUUUCCAUCCGAAUACCCCAAUCACACACAAAUACACAACAGACAUACGUGUCAACAUAAGCAGAUAAGCUGCAACCUGCAAACAUACCCAAAGAAACCAUAGGCUGCAAGAUGGCAGCUCUAGCUCUAGUGCUGCUGUGCGCAGCCACGAUCAUGGUGGCGCCGGCGGCCGCGGACGUGGAGUCCCAUAGCUUCCCCGUCUUCAACGCCACCACGGCCGAGAGCCUGUGGGUCGCCACGAACACGUCCAUCAUCAUGCCGGCAGCGCUCCUCUUCGGGCCCGGGCAGUCGUUUCCCGAGGGGUUUCUGCUGCUCCCCAAGAGGGUCGACGUCUGGCGCGCCGGCGCCGGCGGGUUACCGACACGCGAGGCGUCCUUCAACACGAGCUUCACGGUGGAAAGCUCUGCCCCUCCAGUCUCAUUCGUCGUCCUCCUCGACAGGUUCCCGACGCUCAACAACCCCUUGGGCCUCCGUGGCUCUAACGACUCCACCACCGGCGCCGUGCCCAACGCCACGGACGGCCUCGCCGCGGUCGAGAUCGGCACGGUGAGGUCGUACGCGCCAGAGUCUCCGAACGUCGGCCUCAACGUCACCAUCACGCCCAACGGCACCGCGGCGCCUGGCCGCCGCGCCGUGUGGGUCGAGUACAACGCCGUUGCGCACCUCCUGCGCGUGUACGUCGCCGCCGGUGGGGAACCGAGGCCAGCCAGAGCGCUCCUCGACGCACGGCUUUCCCUCGCUGGCCAAGGCACCACGCAAACCGCGUUUGUUGGCUUCUUCGCCACCCGAGUCCGCGAUGUCUUCCUCGGUGUCCGUGAUUGGGACCUCACGGUGGACAGGCUCGACACCGACGGCAAGAAGAAGGGAACGCCGUGGUGGGUGAUACUGAUCGCGGUGCUCGGGUCCGUGGCCGCCACCGCCGCCAUCGUAUCUCUGGUAGUGUGCUCCUCUGUAUCAAGGCGCCGGGCGCGCGACAUGGAACCCAAGCAAUAGUCUAUGCAGACCUGUCAUGUGCGUGUAGACGUCUGUCUGCAAACUACUCUGUCUUAAUGUUACUUCUGAAACUCAAAUUUAACGAGUGAA